CCUGCGUGGGGCCUGGGGGCGGGGCCUGAUCCAGCCCCUCCAGCCGCCGUUCCUUUGAGGAGUCCGCCGACCGCUUCUUGGACGUCAGUUUCAGCGUCCAGCGCCUUUCAGUCUUCAGCAUGCCUGGUCCGACCCCCAGUGGCACUAGUGUGGGCUCGUCGGGGCGCUCUCCCAGCAAAGCAGUGGCCGCCCGGGCGGCCGGAUCCACGGUCCGGCAGAGAAAAAAUGCUAGCUGUGGAACAAGGAGCGCGGGGCGCACGACCUCAGCAGGCACUGGGGGCAUGUGGCGAUUCUACACAGAAGACUCACCUGGGCUCAAGGUUGGCCCUGUCCCAGUAUUGGUUAUGAGUCUUCUGUUCAUCGCUUCUGUAUUUAUGUUGCACAUUUGGGGCAAGUACACUCGUUCAUAGAUUCGGCUGCAUCCAUCCGUCUGUCAUCUGAAGAAGAAGGAAAAAACCCAACGUAUCUUGGACCAAAAGCGUAGUGAUUUUCUGUUUGUGAGAGAGAAAUACUCUGUAAGCUUGUUGUUUUACAGGGAACUUAACAAGAAUUGACUUUAAGGAAUCAAUUUUUUUCUAUGACUAAUAAACUUUUUAAUUGAUUUAUACCAAA